AUGCAAUGUACUCCUGAGACUUGGAAGUUGAAUCUCGACGGUGCAUUUGAGAUUAAAUAUGGCCAACAAGAGGUGAUCGACUUUACUACCUUAUCCCAACCUCUACCCUCCUUCGCCUUCUGCCCGGCUGCUGACGAGGAGCUCAGUCGCAUCCAGACAUCCGUCACAGAAUCUGGUUCGCCGUGUUUCCCGGCAUUCUCACCAGCACAGCCAUUCAAAGAACCCUCCACCCUCCAAUCCCAAUCACUUGCGCAAUCGCCUGUUAUCUUAGAUACUAAAGCGGCUCUUUCGCGAGAUAAGACAGGAGAAGCAUCGGGCAAAGGUCCAGACGACGGAGAGCCGCCACCGCCAUAUACUGAAGGGUAUAGUCCGCUCGAGUCCUUUACCUACGUCAUGGCCGCCGCAGGAGGAGCUGCAUCUAUUAUUACGCAAGUACAACAAACAGGUGGAGGCCCGGUGAAUGCGCUUGGAGAUAUUGGAGGCGAUGAGCACAUCACGUUAGAUUUACGUGGUACACGAUUUACACUGUCGCGCGAUGAACUACUCACUCUACCAGAAUUCGUUCUUCUUUCCUUAUUCCCGAAUGGGCUCCUUCCUGAUGGGCAUAUGGGGACGUUCCAUGAAGGUGAUGUAUACCCUGUCGACUACGACCCAGCUUCCCUUCAAUACAUGUUAGAUUUCUUCCGCUCUGUGGCGCAAUCAAUUCCCUCAUCCUCUCCAUCCCCAACCACAUCGCCUGAAGGAGAUUACGCCAUGGACCCGAUGCAUGGGUCCACGAGGGAUAUGUUGCAGGGCCGUGCGGGUAUCAUCGUGCUCCGCGAAGACCUUGACUUCUACGCAAUACCGCCCGUAGUCAAUAUCGAGCAUCCAGAGAUGAUCGAAGUGAAACGAGCCGCUGGGAGGGCCUUGUUGAAACAGGACGGGAUCUUCUCGGGACUCCGAAAAAGCGACGAGCCCGGAUCUACUGAACAGCAUCUGAUUGAGAUGUUGACCGCUGGCGGUUUCAACCAUGAUGACCGAUGGGGCCAUCGUGCAGGCGAACCGAACAAAGCAGUAAUAUGUAGCCUGGCACUGGCGAAACUCCGGACUGACAUACGGGGCGACCUGGCCAAUAAUAAUGCCGUCGGCAUGGCACAGAAAUUGCUCCUUUUCUGGCGGAAACCGGCACGACGGUGCUGGUGGGAUGGGUGGAGCUUGAAAGUGUAG